AAAACCGGACCGUCCGAUGAGGACUUGUGUCCUGUUUAUUUUUUCUUAGUUCGUUAUCUUGAUAAAGAUUUUUUAUUGAUACUAUUUAAAUAGAUAAGAAUAAUUUUAUCAAUUUUGUAUUAAAAGAUAAAAUAAAUGAAUACAAUUACGUGCUUACUAUAUGAACUCAUAUGUUAAACUACAUAUUUGAUUGAAAAUUUUGUUAUGUUUUCAUUAACUUUUCUUUCCUACUGCGCUUGUAUCAAAAAUGAAAAAGAUACUUAUAGUCAACUAAAUAUACCAAAAUUCGAAGUAAAACUGUGCUGUAUUAGUUUAUUGAACUAUACGAGAAAUAAAGUAUUGAAUAAAUCAACUUGUCUCAUUGCAUCUCUGAAUGGUCAUAUAAACUGUUUGAGGUAUGCUCAUGAAUUAGGGUGUCAUUGGAACGAAACUAUCUCAAGUGUUACUGCCUUAAAUGGUUAUUUAAAUUGUUUAAUAUAUGCCCAUGAAAAUAAUUGUCUAUGGGACGUGCUUACUACAUGUAGUGCUGCAGAGGGUGGUUAUUGUCCUUGGAAUGGACUAGUAACUGAAGGAGUUUCUGAUAAUGAUCAUUUAAAUUGUUUAAUAUAUGCACACCAAAAUGGAAUUCCGUGGCAUGAUUUCAUCUCUACAUCAACUGCUGGCAAUGUUCACUUGAAAUUUUUAAAGUAUGCAUAUGAGAAUGGCUGUAGAAUUGACAACUCAAUUGCUUUUAUAGCUCAUGAAAAUAAUUGUCCCUGGGAUAUUAAUACAACACAUUCAGCUGCUAUGAAUGGAAAACUAGAGUGCCUUAAAUAUGCUCAUUUUAAUAAAUGCCCCUGGGAUGCUGACACAUCAUGGUAUGCUAGUAUGAAUGGUCAUCUGGAUUGCUUAAAGUUUGUUCAUGAACAGGGUUGUCCAUGGGAUGAAAAUGUUUUAAUAAUAGCUGCUGAAAAUGGUCAUUUAAGUUGUUUAAAGUAUGCACAUGAAAAUAGUUGUCCUUGGGAUAUACUAGUUACUGAAAAAGCUACAGCAAAUGGUCAUUUACAUUGUUUAAAGUAUGCUCAUGAAAACGGAUGUCCCUGGGAUGACACUAUCACUGCUACAGCAGCCGAAUUUGGUCAAUUAGAAUGUUUUAAAUAUGUUUAUGAAAAUGGCUGUCAAAUUAAUAAUUCAGCUGCAGAAAAUGCUGCAGAAAAUGGUCAUCUAGAUUGUUUGGUAUACGCUCAUAAAAAUGGUUGUCCUUGGGAUGAUUUCACAACACGCAUUUCUGCUGAAAAUGGUCACUUAAAUUGUUUAAAAUAUGCUUAUGAAAAUGGUUGCCCAUGGAAUGAAAGAGUAAUUGAAAAUGCACUUAAAAAUGAAUAUUUCAAUUGUGUAAAAUAUGCAUAUGAAAAUGGAUGUCCAUAUAAUAAAGAUCUAUAUAAAAAUGAUUGCUAUACAAAUUAUUUAGAGAGUUUAUAGGUUAGUUUUCAAAAGACCAAGAAUUAACUUUUACUAAGUUUCUAGUAUAUAUACAUUUUUUUUCUCGUUAUUUUAUGUCUAUGAUUGUUGUUCAGUUAUUAUGUACAGUCUGUUAUUUAAGUGUGUUAAUUCCAUUUGUUAAUAUUUAUAUUUGUUUAUAUGAAUUAUAUAUUUCUGAUCCGAUACUUUUUAAUAUAAAACAAAAAUUGAACAAAUUAAUUUAUUUUGUUAAAAUAAUUUAUAAUUAUGUUAUAUUAUAACAUUAAAAUAGAUAGAAAAAAAAAAUUAAAUAUUAUUUAUUAUAUAAGUUUCUAAUUUUUUUAUAUUUCAAUAUAUAAAUGAUUCAAUUUUAGAUUCAGAGCUUAGCUUUGAUAACUAUAUAGUCUAUCGUGUUGACCGGAGUGAUAAAACCAGUUCAUGUUUGAGAGGUGGUGGAGUAGCAAUCUGUGUGAAUAAAUGUUUAUUUUCAGAAAUCAUAAAGAUCCCCACUGAUAAUGUUGAACAGUUGUUUGUAACUGUAAAUAGUGGUGGUAAUUUAAAAUAUAUUAUUGGUGCAUGCUAUAUACCACCUGGGAGCUCAGUUAGUGUCUACUCAGCUCAUGCUGAUACUGUGCAGUCUAUUUUAUCUAGUGUUGUUAAAACCAAUUUUACUUUUAUUUUAAUGGGAGAUUACAAUUUAGGUGAUACAAAAUUCUAUAAUGAUGACCAUGGCAUGAUUUACGAUGGCGCUCGAUCAGUUAAAGUAGAUGUUAUUUAUGAGUGCUUUUCAUCUUUAAACUUGUAUCAGGUCAACACAAUUCCUAAUAUAUACAAUUCAUAUCUGGAUUUAAUAUUUUCUAAUACAAAUUUGAUCACUGUCAAUACCUCAACAGAUAUAUUGGUGCCAUUAGACCCAUACCAUCCGGCUUUGUUAGUUGAGUU